GAAUUCUUUGUAAAAUAGGAGAUACUUACACAGGAUGUACUUAAAGGAAGCACAGGAAAUUUUACAGGCGAACAGGCUUCUGGAGAACUACGAGAAGUCCCUCAUUAGGUUAUCAGAUGCUGUAGAGAAGGAUCCUGCCCAUGAUGCGUCACAUCAAGUGGAAAUAACAGUUCAGCUUCUUGACAAAUUAGAAGAAUUAGUUCAGGGUAAGAGUAAUGAAAAUAGAAAGGGGAAGAGUAAGGCAAAGAGUAAAGGAAAGGGCAAGAGAAAGAGUAAGGGAAAGAGUACGGAGACAAGCUUUGCUUCCCUGAUCCAGUCACUUGAUGAUAUUGAUUUGGAUCCUUCCUACAACAAAGCAACCUUGGAUGUCUUAGCUGAAGGCCCUAACAAAGGGCUUGCAGUUAUGGGAGUAGUCCGGUGCUUGGUUAAGUAUGAGUAUGGUGUUCCAUUGUAA